AUGCUGUUCGUCCGGGGGGGCUCCGUUAGGGACGGUGGGGAGAGCACCGCCCGUCGCCUGUGGGGCUUCGCAAAGUCGUACGUGACACACGUCGGCCACGCCUAUCUGGAGUUCCUGGGCCCCCUCCUACUGCUUGUUGCCGUAAACAUGGCUGUCGAGACGCACGAUAGUGAACGCUUCGGUCUUGGCUGGCUCUACUGCACCAGCCUGAAGGAUGACCGUGUGCGCGAGGAGAAGUUCCCGUCGUACGAGCCGAGCAGCGCGGCUCAGCGCCGCCGCAGCGAGGCCGCUAGCGCUGUCGAGUACGCGGCAUCAACCGUCUAA